AUGCUACUCCCCGACUCAAUGUUCCGAUAUUGCUGGGACCUGCUUCUGGCUAUCACGACGAUUCUACUCAUCUGGCGGGUGCCGUACACUAUCGCGUUUGGGGAAAGUGAGCUGUGGUACUGGUAUGCGUUCAACAAGAUCACCGACGCAAUCUAUCUUCUCGACGUGGUCUUAAACUUUAGAACAGGGUACGUGGAGGACACUGAGAUCGUCAUGGACAGUCGCCUUGUCGCCAAGCACUACAUUCAAAGCUGGUUCUUUGUCGACCUCAUCGGCUCGAUUCCGGUAGAAUACAUUAUCAGUGCCAACACGGCUGGGUUUUCUGGAGUAGAAAGGAAAGCAUUCAAGGCGUCGGUGAAGUAUUUGAAAGUCCCGAAACUCUUUCGAGUUGCUCGACUUAUCAAAUUCGUGCAGUAA